AGUGCCAGCAGCAAUUUGGAAGUUUGCUGAGCUCGAGAAGUCUUGGGGAGGGCUCACUCUGAGCACACCCCUUUCCCCCUGGAGAGGGGGGUGAGGAAACAUGGGACCAGCCCUGUUCCAGCCCCUCCUUAUUGGCUGGCAUGAGGCAGAGGGGGCUUUAAAAAGGCCACUGCAUCUAGGCUGGGGACUGGAGCCUGUGCUAGGGACUGCCUUCCGUCUGGCACCAUGCAGCUCUCGUUAGCGCCCUGUCUUGUCUGUCUGCUUGUUCAUGCAGCCUUCCCUGCUGCGGAGGGCCAGGGGUGGCAAGCCUUCAAGAAUGAUGCCACAGAAAUCAUCCCUGGGCUCAGAGAGUACCCUGAGCCUCCCCAGGAGCUGGAGAACAACCAGACCAUGAACCGGGCCGAGAACGGAGGAAGACCUCCCCACCAUCCCUAUGACACCAAAGACGUGUCGGAAUACAGCUGCCGUGAGCUGCACUACACCCGCUUCGUGACCGACGGGCCGUGUCGCAGCGCCAAGCCGGUCACCGAGCUGGUGUGCUCCGGCCAGUGUGGCCCCGCGCGCCUGCUGCCCAACGCCAUCGGCCGCGCGAAGUGGUGGCGCCCGAACGGACCCGACUUCCGCUGCAUCCCGGACCGCUACCGCGCUCAGCGGGUGCAGCUGCUGUGUCCCGGGGGCGCGGCGCCGCGCGCGCGCAAGGUGCGUCUGGUGGCCUCCUGCAAAUGCAAGCGCCUCACACGCUUCCACAACCAGUCGGAGCUCAAGGACUUCGGGCCCGAGACCGCGCGACCGCACAAGGGUCGCAAGCCACGGCCCCGCGCCCGGGGCGCCAAAGCCAACCAGGCGGAGCUGGAGAACGCCUACUAGAGCGCUCCCGCGCCCACGCAGCCCCCGAGCGAUCCGACUCGUUUUCAUUGUAAAGCCUGCAGCCCAAGCCAGGGGCACCAAACCUUCCAGGCCAUGCGCGGAGUCCCCAACCCGUAGAGUCCCCUCGCCCUCCUGCCUGCUGCGGGGGUUCCCGCAGGCCAGGAGAGGGAGCUGAGUCAUAGACACUGAGCCACUCUGCCCAACCCUGGGGGAGGGGCUGGGGGGGGAGAGGUGGAGGACCCUCUACGGGACAAGGUAGCAUUUUCACCAUAAAGGGAGGGGAGUGUGAAAGAACCCGGUUACGGAAGUACAGUAAGAUUCCCCCACCCCCACCCCGCUGUGUGCAAGAACACGGGACUAGAUAGGGGUUUUGGCCCUGGCUUGGCCACUGAGUGUGAGGUUGAGCUACAUGGUUCUCUUUUUGGUACCUCAGUGUCUCCUUUGUAAAAUAUGGGUCAGGGUGAGAGUAAGACUCUCCAAGGACUCUGCUGAGAUUCCAAGGACAUGGGCAGAUGGACGGGACAGGGAGCGAGCAAGGGAGAGAGAGAGGGAAAGAGAUUUCUGGUUGGUAACUUCCUAGAAGGGGCUGUUGAUUCCCGGCCUGGCCUCCCCAGAUGUUUGGCUACCCCCACUCCUUCAUCUCAAAUUUGCCUUCAACUGGGAUUGGGGUCCCAGAGAUGGUGGAAGGGACAGAAAUCGCAACCCUGUUCCCCAAAGCUCGGUUUCCUGACCCUACUGCCUUGACACAUUUUAAAGGGGUUUUCUACACACAGAUGAAGGUCCUUGGGGGGAACCCGGGCUUGCCAGCCACUUCCAACCAAAGAUGUCUCUUCCAGGACAGCUCCUCCCGCCUGCCACCCACGGACACAUUUCUGUCUAGGAAAACAGCUUCUUCGUGCUCUCCUUCGUGAUGGCAUAUCUUACAUGAAAAAUAGUGUGUGGGUUGGGGGGGAGGGGAACAAGUGCUGUACAUAUGCUGAGAAGCCGUGAGGCGCCACAGCCGCCACCCACAAAUCUUUUUGUAAAUCAUUUCCAGACACCUCUUACUUUCUGUGUAGGUUUUAAUUGUUAAAAAGGGAGGGGGGGGGAGAAAAGAAUGUUUGUAACCACGUUGGAGGAGGGAAGCCCCUGGGGCUAGCCUGGUGGGUUUGGCAAACUCUCCAUGUGGGACUCAUCCACAAGAAUGGAAGUCGUGGUUUUUAAAGAGUUCAGUGACAUAUUUAUUUUCUCAUUUAAGUUAUUUAUGUCAACGUUUUCCUUGUAGAGAAUGACAGUGUUAAUAGCGCUUUGUGAAACACAAGUGUGUUUUUUUGGCGACCGGAGGCAUUGUUAAUAAAGACAAUGAAUUAUGA